AUGGUAGAAAUUGUUCUUUCGGUUGCAGCAAAAGUUUCACAGUACCUGGUUGAUCCAGCUGUACGUCAGCUGGGUUAUCUGUUUAACUACCGUGCCAUCAUUGAGGACCUCUCUCGACAGGUUCAGAAGCUGAGGGAUGCCAGGGCUAGGCUGCAGCACUCUGUGGAUGAAGCUAUUGGGAAUGGACAUAUAAUCGAAGAUGAUGUUCGCAAGUGGAUGGAACGUGCUGAUGAGUUCAUAGACAAUGCUGGCAAAUUCCUUGAAGAUGAGGAGGCGCGGGAGAGUUGUUUCAAUGGGUUGUGUCUUAAUUUGAAGUCCCAGUACCAGCUAAGCAGGGAAGCAAGGAAGAAGGCAGGGGUUUCUGUUCAAAUCCUUGGAGAUGGCCAAUUUGAGAAGGUAGCAUAUCGUGCCCCUCUGCAAGGGAUAAGGCGCAGACCUUCCGAAGCUUUAGAAUCAAGAAUGUUGACUUUGAAUGAAGUCAUGGAGGCCUUAAGGGAUGCCAAGAUCAACAAGAUCGGGGUAUGGGGGUUGGGCGGUGUCGGGAAGACCACGCUGGUGAAACAAGUGGCUGAACAAGCUGCUCAAGAGAAGUUGUUCGACAAGGUGGUCACGGCAGAUCUGUUAGAGACUCCAGACUUAAAAAAAAUUCAAGGGGAACUUGCAGACUUUCUAGGUAUGAAAUUGGAGGAGGAGAGUGAACAGGGAAGAGCAGCUCGACUAUGUCAGAGGAUGAAGGAGAUUAAGACCAUCCUCAUCAUCUUGGAUGAUAUUUGGGCGAAACUUGACUUGGAGAAAAGAGGAAUUCCUUCUCCAGAUCACCACAAAGGAUGCAAAUUAGUGCUAACUUCUAGAAAUGAACACAUCUUGUCCAAUGAGAUGGAUACUCAAAAGGAUUUUCGAGUUCAACCUUUGCAAGAAGAUGAAACAUGGAUUUUAUUUAAGAACACAGCUGGUUCCAUUGAAAAUCCAGAGUUGCAACCUAUAGCUGUUGAUGUAGCAAAAGAAUGCGCGGGUUUGCCACUUGCAAUAGUAACUGUGGCAACGACAUUGAAAGGCGAGAAGAGUGUGUCCAUUUGGGAGGAUGCCCGGCUACAACUGAAAUCGCAAACCUCGACUAACGUAACAGGACUGACAACAAAUGUAUACUCAAGUCUGAAGUUGAGCUACGAACACUUGAAGGGAGUUGAAGUGAAGUCAUUUUUCUUGCUUUGUGGUUUAAUUUCUCAAAAUGAUAUUCAUAUAUGGGACUUGUUGAAAUAUGGUGUGGGUCUGCGAUUAUUUCAAGGAACUAAUACAUUGGAAGAGGCGAAAAAUAGAAUAGAUACAUUGGUUGACAACCUCAAAUCCUCAAAUUUGUUACUAGAAACUGGCCAUAAUGCAGUUGUUAGAAUGCAUGAUCUUGUUCGGAGUACUGCCAGAAAAAUUGCAUCCGAUCAACAUCAUGUGUUUACACUCCAGAAUACUGCUGUAAGAGUGGAAGGAUGGCCAAAGAUAGAUGAACUCCAGAAGGUCACCUGGGUAAGUCUGCAUGACUGUGAUAUUCAUGAACUUCCAGAAGGGCUGGUAUGUCCAAAACUUGAACUUUUUGAAUGUUCCCUAAAGACCAAUUCGGCGGUGCAAAUCCCAAACACGUUUUUUGAAGGGAUGAAGCAACUCAAAGUAUUAGAUUUACGUGGAACGCAACUUCCAUCGCUGCCCUUAUCACUUCAGUGCCUUACAAAUCUUCAAACAUUGUGUUUGAAUGGAUGCAAGGUGGGAGACAUUGUUAUAAUUGCAAGGCUAAAGAAAUUAGAAAUUCUUAGCCUUAUGGAUUCUGAUAUGGAACAGUUGCCCAGAGAAAUAGCACAGUUGACUCAUCUAAGGCUGUUAGAUUUGAGCGGUUCUUCGAAACUAAAAGUAAUUCCAUCAGAUGUCAUAUCAAGCUUGUCCCAAUUAGAGAAUUUGUGUAUGGCAAAUAGCUUUACUCAAUGGGAGGGGGAAGGAAAGAGUAAUGCUUGCCUUGCUGAGUUGAAGCAUUUGUCUCAUUUAACCUCUUUGGACAUACAAAUACCAGAUGCCAAGUUGCUGCCAAAAGACAUAGUCUUUGAUAACUUGGUGAGAUAUAGAAUAUUUGUAGGUGAUGUCAGGAGCUGGGAAGAAAUUUUUGAAGCCAAUAGUACGUUGAGGCUCAACAAGUUCGACACAAGCCUUCAUCUGGUGGAUGGUAUCAGCAAGUUGUUGAAGAGAACUGAAGAUCUACACUUGAGUGAAUUGUGUGGUGGUACUAAUGUUCUUUCCAAAUUAGAUGGGGAGGGUUUUUUAAAAUUAAAGCAUCUCAAUGUUGAAAGCAGUCCAGAGAUUCAAUAUAUUGUGAACUCGAUGGAUCUGACUCCAUCACAUGGUGCCUUUCCUGUUAUGGAGACACUGUCUCUCAAUCGGCUGAUUAACUUGCAAGAAUUUGUUACAGAAUUUGGAAGAACUAAUAGUAGUAAACUGUGGUCAGCUGGAACACGUAUUUGA